AUGAAGAUCCAGGCUCUCUGUUCGCUCGCUGUCGUAGGCCUUGCCUUCGCUAACCCAAUCCACAACCUCGCGGAGCGCGGUAUCGCUUUCACGGAAUGUAUCACGGGUGUGGUAGAGAAAGCAGUCAGCCAAGCGUGUACGACCGUUCCCGAGGCAUGCGGCGGGUUGGACGCGUUCACAUCGUGUACCACCACGGCUACUGCAAAAAUCACCGAUAUUAAGGAUCAUAGUCAGCGUCGCUUAGAAUGGCUGGACUCUGUGAACACUUGCGGCCAGGACUUGUGGGAAGUUCUGAAGGCUGCGGGUGUAACAGAUGUUGAUCUGAACAAACUGCAAGUGUCAUUCUUGGAGAUCGCGACUGAGGGUGUGUCUAGGUGCUCUACGAAGGCAUAG